GUCAACGAUUGAGAGUUCGAUGUUGUAAACGCGUAGUUGGUGUACGUCUGUCGUAAAUUCAACAAUUAAUACUUUUAUUGUUUUCUUUUUUCCGAGUAAAAUUUUAAAGAUGACUUAUAAAUUAACAUACUUCAACUUCACUGCUCUGGGUGAACCCAUCCGAUUCCUGCUAUCUUAUUUGAAUAUUGAUUUCGAAGAUAACCGUAUUGAAGUCGAACAAUGGCCAUCAAUCAAACACACCAUCCCGUAUGGCAAACUCCCGUUGUUGGAAAUCGAUGGUAAAGUAUUGAAUCAAUCUAAGGCUAUCUGUCGAUAUUUAGCUAAAAAGGCUAAUUUAGCUGGUAGCGAUGAUUGGGAAUCUUUAUUGAUAGAUAUCGCCGUUGAAAAUUUCCAAGAUUUUCGUCUAAGUAUAAUAUCUUAUUUUUACGAUCCAAAUGAAGAAUCUAAAGCUGCAAAAUAUGUUACGUUGGUCAAUGAAACAAUUCCAUAUUAUAUGGAACGAUUUGAAAACAUUGUUGUUGAAAAUAAUGGAUACUUUGUAAACGGAAAGUUAUCUUGGGCCGAUUUAUUCUUUGUGGGUAUUUUAGACUACCUGAAAUUCAGAUCAAAUAUUGACUUGUUGAAAGAUCGUCCUAAUUUACAAGCUCUCCGGGAAAAGGUAUUGGCAAUACCAAAAAUUAAAUCAUGGAUUGAAAAACGACCAUUAACUGUUGACAUUGCAUAAUUUCGUUGUCUUCAUUAAUUAAAUCAUAAUAUCAUAUCUACGAUAAAAUAAGAUAUAAGUAUUAAGUACAUAUUUUAAUAC